AUUUCACAUCCGGGUUCUGCAUUCCAAAUUUAUUUUCGAAAAUAUCUGCAAAUAUGAAAACAUUGGCAAUUUAUUAGGGAACAAAAAUGACUGAGCAACUUAAGUAUAUCGUUAAUGAGCUGAACAAGCCUCCAUUCUCAAAGAGCUACAAUCUUAUCAGCUUCGAUUCUCUGGAGUCUCUGCAACUUCUCCAAGUUUUAAAUGAUGUAUUGGCUGAUAUUGAUAUCAAGCAUAAAAUUGACAUCAGAGAGGAGAGUGCCGAUCAAACAGCUGUCAGAAUAUUUGGAGUUUUACGUAUCCUGAAAUACAAACCACCAACAGAUGCCAGUAAUUUGACUGUAUUCAGACAAGGCUUAGUGGUAGGAGACAAGCCAGUAGUGUAUCCUAUACUAGAAUGGUUGCUACACAGAAUCCCAGAUCUGAAGAAGAGGGCCUACUUGGCUAAAUACCUUGUGAAGAUAGAUGUUCCUCAGGAAAUCCUGCAAGAUGAUGCUGUUAAUGACCUUUAUAUACAGUAUGAAGAUCUCAUUGAGCAAUUCAAGCAGGUCCACAAAGAAUCCGAGACUGCUAAGAACAGUGGCUUUAACCCUUCAGAUAUCAAGAAGGACAUUGCCUCAAUGGAAGAUGAACGGGAGCAGUUAAUGAAAAGAGUAGAGAGACUCAAAAGAAAGGUGGAGAGCCAACCCAACACUGGUCCUAUGUUAGCUGUUGCCAGGGACCUCAGAGCAGAGAGGGAGAAAGAAAACAAACUAAAUCAACAGAAACAAGAGCAGAGGAAUGCACUGGUCCAAGCAGAGCAAAGAUGUCAAAGGUUAAACAACCAAUUGAAGGACAUGAGAAAUGCUGCUAUUGGUGCAACACCAGAAGGCUUAAUACAACGUCUUGAAGAAGAGACUAAAGUGAACAGCUACAUGGUGAAUGAGAAACUCCCUAAAGAGAUCCAGAUGAAGAGAAAAUACACCCAGGAUUUACAGAGAGUUGUAUCUGAGCCUGCCAUGGGUCAGUCUGACCUUGAUCAACUGACCAAUAAGAUAAAUGAUUUCAACGCUGAGAUCAACCAGCUUGUGGAGAAGAGGAUGAGAAGUGGUGACCCUACAGUUGACAGAGUGGCUAUGUUUAGACAGCAGGCGGUGAUUAUAGGACGCAAGAAAGAGGCAGCUGCAGACAACCUCGCUGAGGCAAGAGAAGAAUUAGCACAGGCAGAGCAAGAGAUAGAAGAAAAACGCAAGACUGUUAAAGAUAGUGACGGGGGAGAAGUCCUUAAAGGAGAUGAUUUUAAACGCUACGUGAACAAGCUGAGAGGGAAAAGCACCAUCUAUAAAAAGAAACGCCAGGAGCUAGCGGAACUGAGGGCGGAGCAUGGAGUCCUAACGAGAACUGAGGAGAUUUUGAAAUCCAGGGAUGACCAAAUCAAUGACCACUUGGCUGCAAUUGAGUCCAAGAAAGGAGUGUCUGGAUUUCGAGAUACAAAAGAAGAGCUGGAAAAAGUAUCAACUCUGAAGUCUGAGCUUGAUGAAAUGAAAGGUAAAACUCUUGAAGACAUCAGUCACAUGGUAAACAACCUUACUGUGAAAAUACAGGACAAGAAAACAUCCCUGGCCCCCAUUAUUAAAGAAUUAAGACCCCUUAGGCAAAGAUCACAGGAGCUGAGUAGUCAACAUGAAGAGAAAAAGUCCGCUUAUGAUACAUGUGCUGCUGGACUUGAAAGCAACAGAUCAAAGCUGGAACAGGAGGUGAGAGUGCUACGUGAAGAAGUGAACGCUGAAGAGAGUCGCUACCACUACCUUAACUGUAUGAAAGGCAUGCUAGAGGUACAACAACAGAAGAUUGCAGAUGAGAUGAAGUCCUACGUAUCCCAUGAUUCUACGGAGAAGAAAAAAUCUUAUAGGGAGCAAUACUCUAAAAAGAUACAAGAGCAGGAAAACCUCGGUAAAAGUCUACGGGAAAAACAAAAAUAUGUUCGGGAAAAUCACACAGGUUCUAUGGGUCAGAUGAAACAGUGGAAAGAUAUCGAACGUAUUAUGCAAAUGAAGCAGUCUUGUAUCAACCCAGAUGGAAGAGGCGGAAGUGGGAACAACAGUGGAAAUACCAUGUCAUUUGAUCAAGGCGGAGGAAGUGACAGAAUGGUUUUAAAUUGAUAUUGAACAAUAUGGAACAUAUACAUGUGAUGAUUGAUUGAAAGAAAAGACUGUUUAAAGAUGUCACUGAUGGAUAUAAUUUUAUGUCACCACCAAAAAGUG